CUCGCCGUCGGGGUACUGGAAGUCGGCGGCAGGAGGCGUGCGCGCGGAACAUUCAGGAGACCACCGCAGAAUGUCAUAACUAGCUAGCCAUCUGAGAUUAGCAGAAGGCGCAGUUUAAUUGGGCCCUUCUGAAAAUGCGGAUCCUAUUGUUUAUUAGUAAAGAUAACAGUUAAGCUUAUUCUUAAUUAACGGACACUGCUAAAUCACCAGAAGAGUCGGAAUCCCUCCGUCCGGUUUGUCCUACAAACAGUGCCGACACUUUGGGGUUGUAUAAGUGAACUGCGUAAGGCCGGAUUAGCUAGCUAGCUAGCUAAAGUACUGUGCAGUCGAGGAGCCUAGAUGUUUUUCAGUUAAAUAAUUCACGUGUUUAAUCUGUUGACGAACAAGGGGUUGAAACGAUGAGGAAGGACGUAAGGAUAUUACUCGUCGGGGAGCCCAAGGUGGGGAAGACGUCUUUGAUCAUGUCAUUAGUCAGCGAGGAGUUCCCAGAUGAGGUUCCUCUACGUGCUGAGGAGAUUACCAUUCCUGCAGAUGUCACUCCAGAGAGAGUCCCCACUCACAUAGUAGAUUAUUCAGAGGCAGAACAAACAGAUGAACAGCUAUUCCAAGAAAUAUCAAAAGCAAAUGUAAUAUGUAUAGUGUAUUCCGUCAACAACAAAAAGUCUAUUGAGAAGGUAACCAGCCACUGGAUUCCACUCAUAAAUGACAGAACGGACAAGGAUAGCAGGGUACCCCUGAUUCUGGUGGGGAACAAGUCGGACCUGGUGGAGCACAGCAGCAUGGAGACCAUCCUCCCCAUCAUGAACCAGUACACCGAGAUCGAGACCUGCGUGGAGUGUUCGGCCAAAAACCUGAAGAACAUCUCGGAGCUGUUCUACUACGCCCAGAAGGCCGUCCUGCACCCCACGGGACCCCUGUACUGCCCCGAAGACAAGGAGAUGAAGCCUCCCUGCGUGAAAUCCCUGACGCGCAUCUUUAAGGUGUCGGAUCUGGACAACGACGGGGUUCUCAAUGACAACGAGCUCAACUUCUUCCAGAGAACCUGCUUUAAUACCCCACUGGCACCUCAGGCCCUGGAGGACGUGAAGAACGUCGUGCGGAAGAACAUGAGCGAUGGAGUGCGUGACAAUGGCCUGACUCUGAAAGGUUUCCUCUUCCUGCACACACUCUUCAUCCAGAGAGGACGGCACGAGACCACCUGGACCGUGCUGCGCAGGUUCGGCUACGACGACGACCUGGAGCUCACGCAGGACUACCUGUUCCCCCCGUUAAAAAUACCACCGGACUGCACCACUGAGCUCAACCACAAUGCCUACCUCUUCCUCCAGAGUGUCUUCGAUAAGCACGACAAGGACAGAGACUGUGCCCUGUCUCCAGAUGAGAUGAAGGACCUGUUCAAGGUCUUCCCCUACAUGCCGUGGGGUCCUGACGUGAACAACACGGUCUGCACCAACGACCAGGGCUGGAUCACCUACCAGGGCUAUCUGUCGCAGUGGACGUUAACGACGUACCUGGACGUGCAGCGCUGCCUGGAGUACCUGGGCUACCUGGGCUACUCCAUCAUCUGCGAGCAGGAGUCCCAAGCGGCCGCCAUUACAGACUGCCUUCCCCCCCCCAUCCCCCCCCUUCCCGUACAGCGGCAGAGGACGAUAAGGGAAGACCAUAAGUCCUUCUAUGCCAUCAGCACCACUUACGUCUACGGCCAGGAGAAGUAUUUACUGCUCCACGAGGUCUUCCCCGAGUCGGAGUUCCUCUCCGAGUCCGACCUCGGCUGCGACGUCGUCUGCCUGAUCUACGACGUCAGCAACCCCAGCUCCUUCGAGUACUGCGCCAAGGUCUUCAAGCAGUACUUCAUGGACAGCAAGACGCCGUGCAUGGUCGUGGCCGCCAAGUCCGACCUGCCGGAGGCCAAGCAGCAGCACGGCCUGCCGCCGCCGGACUUCUGCAGGAAGCACAAGAUGCCCCCGCCCCAGCCCUUCACCUGCGACACGGCCGACGCACCCGACAGGGACGUCUACAUCAAGCUCACCACCAUGGCCAUGCACCCCCACGCCCGGUUGCGCUGCAUGUGCUCCUGUAACAGGUGCACCUUUUGCAUCUGUCAGAACCUCCUCAACUCAGAGCUGCUGCAGUCUGUAAAGGCCAAACUCUACACUGCCGUUCUCAGCAGACACAUGACCCAGGCUGUGAAGAGCUCCACCUUCUGGCUGAGGGCGAGCGUUGGGGCCACGGUGUUUGCCGUGUUGGGCUUCGCGAUGUACAGGGCGCUCCUCAAACAGCGGUGAUCAGCUGGAGGGAGCGCGUGUGGUCCUCUCUAUCCCAAAAAAAACAAAAACCUGUAAACCAAGUUCUGAAAUCAAGUAAAUAAAAGAAAUUAUGUUUUAUAAAAAUAUAUUUAAUCAUACCUCUGAACAGCAAACGAAAUCAAACGCCUCGGGCUGUAUCUGUGGGUCUUCUGGUUCUACUUCAUUCUUCUCACGGACCAUGUUGUGACUGACCGAUGCGAUCGCUACUUUUCCGAGUCUGAUUUAUUAUUUUUGCGGGUUACGGGUGGUUUUAAAUUGUGCAUACUAUUUUUGUGGCUCAGGAUUAACGUGCGGAAGGUAAAUGUAGAGAGAGCCUCCAGGGGUUCCUUCCCGACUGCUUUGGACACAAAAGGGACUGAACGCCGUGUAAAUAAGUGUAUAUAAAUCGGCAGCGUGCUUGCGCUUGCCUGCCCAAGAGAACAAAAGAGCCUAACAAAAUUUAAAACUCCUAAGAUAAGGGUGGUUUAGCAGAGUGAACACAGAAAAGCCAUGUUUUCCUUUCGUCGUCUUUGCGCUCGUUUCAAAUGUUAAUUUAUUAUCCCCGUUACUGGACAUGGAAGCAGACGCUGCUGAAUGGGUUUUUAUUUUAUGUGCUUAUUAUUGACCGUACUGCGCGAUACAGACUGCACUGCCCUUUGUGAUCCGUAGCCCGGCAACCAUUUGACAGGCAGCAGUAGAGCCCCUCCUUCAGGCCAAGCCGGCAGUCCUGCUCCUUCAAAAACGAGCUUCUCCACCCUGCUGGAGUUUCUGCCUCCCGUGUGUGUGUGUGUGUGUGUGUGUGUUUGCAUGUCUGUGUAUUCAGUUGUCAGGUCCGCUGUUAUUUCCGCCAUAGGACUGUAUCAUUAUCCAGAGGUGACAAGUCCAGGCCCAGAAAGUGAAGGUCCUCCUCAGUAUUUUGUUCCAGUCACCUGGAUUCACUAGUUGGCACAAAUUCUUCAGCCGGGAGGUAGAACUGAUUAGUGAAAUCAGCUGGAAGAAACGCACGGCAGGACUUUUACCUUCUGACCCCUGGAAUUUCCGCGUCUGGUCAUAUGGUUUCGUAUUUCAGAGUUAGUUCUUUUUUUUAUUUUAUUAUUUUUAUUUUUAUUGUUGUUAUUGCCACUACUGUUUUAGGAACCAGCAACAUGCCUCUGUAGUAACGUCUCUCAUUUAAUGUGCUUUUUUUUUGUUUGCCCCUCCAGGCACCUGAAUUGUUUCUGCCAUUAUGAAUUUUGCAACAUUUACAAUAAAACAAAAACUGUGUGCUGUU